AUGUGUAGUCGAGCAUGGAGUUAUGUAAAGGGAGAUUCAGAAGAAGAUUUGGUUAUUAUAUGCCGAUAUGUAGAUGAUUUAUUGGUCACAGGAUCAAAUCCAGAAAGCAUAAAUGAAUUCAAGAGAGUAAUGGAAGUUGAAUUUGAGAUGACUGAUUUAGGAAGAUUGAGCUACUUCCUAGGGAUGGAAUUCUCCUAUACAGCCGUUGGAUCAGUUUUGCAUAAGAGGAAGUAUGCAGGUGAUUUACUGAAAAGAUUUAACAUGAUGGAGUGCAAUGUUGCAAAGAGUCCUAUGGAAGCCAAUCUGAAGUUGACGCAGGAUGACUCAGAGAAGGAUACAGAUGAAACAAAGUUCAAGCAGAUCGUUGGUUCACUACGUUUUCUAUGUAAUAGUAGACCAAAUUUAGCUUUAUGCGUGGGAGUAAUCAGCAGGUUUAUGAGCAAACCAAAAGAAUCUCAUAUGCAAGCUGCAAAGAGGGUGCUACGGUACAUCAAAGGCGCUGUGAAUUGUGGAGUGUUAUUUGGAAGAAAGAAGACUGUAGAAGAGAUAACAGGUUACACAAACUCAGAUUAUGGAGCUGAUCCAAUUGAGAAAAAGCACUUCAGGUUAUAUCUUCAUGGUGAAUGA